AUGGACACGGAAAUUAAACCGAUUGUUUCAAAUAAUAAUUUAUUUUCUAAUUAUUUCGAUGAAGACAUGUGCAGAGUAUGUAUGACAGACAAAAAUUUGCUUCCACUUUUUGUUGAAGAAGAAGGAUGUUUCGAUGCAGGUAAUGGAAUUUUAAAUAUGCUUAUAUUGUGCUCGGGUCUCGAAGCCUCCUGGAACGACCAGUACCCCAAACAUAUUUGUCAAAAUUGCCUUGAGGAAUUGUAUAAGUUGUACGAUUUUUGGAAAAGAUACAGAAAUUCUAUAGAAAUAUUAAGUGAGGUUAUGUCAAGUCUUGGGAGUAAAAUUGAUUGUAAUCCUAAUUCUGAUGAAGUAAGGAUUGAUGCAGGUGCUGAUGGUGAUUGUAAAGAGGUUAUUGAUAUUUCUGUUCAAGCUAUUGAAGAUAUUGAUUCGGAGCACGAUGAAAGCCCUUGCAUCGAUGAAGAUAUUAGUACCUUAAACAGUGAUUCAGUAGACACCAAGCCCCAAUGUUACAAAUGUAAAGCAGAAUUUGAUUCCAACGAAGAGCAUGCCAAACACGUCUGCGAAUUGCAGGAAAAAACUUUCAAAUGUGAGCAUUGCGAAGAAAGUUUUCCAACAUUUGACAGAAGAAGAAAGCACAUUCUAAGACUCCACCGACACUCCAGACCCUUUGCAUGUAACUUAUGUACCAAAACAUUCCAGUUUGCACUAGGCCUCGAAGCCCACAAAAGAACACACAAAUCCGAAGAGCCUUUCAGGUGCACAAUUUGCAACAUGCAUUUCAGGACACAACGUAUCCUGCAUGCACAUAAACUUGAACACGGUGUCGACCACAAGCACACUUGUUCUUUAUGUGACGAAGGUUUUAGUAAGUAUUCACAGUUAAAACAGCAUUUCAAAGAGCACCCUGAAAUCAUUGAUAAGAUUUCUAGGAAACAUUUGUGUUCAGAGUGUGGACGCACAUUUGCAACAAAUUUUUACUUGCAAGAACACAUGCGGACAUUACAUUUCCCGGUGGAGUCUUAUCCUUGUGAGGUGUGUGGUAAAUCGUUCCGGUCCAAGGGUUAUCUAGCCGUGCACAUGCGUAUACACGUCUCAGAUAAAAAAUACGAAUGUCCGGAUUGCGGGGAGAAAUUUAAAACCUGGAACUUAAGAUUCGUCCAUAUAAGAACCCAUCAUUCUGAUGAGAAGCCUUUUGUUUGUGGUGUAUGCCAAAAAGGCUUCAAAUUCUCUGGACGCCUGACAAUCCACCUAAGACAACACAGCGGUGAGAAACCUUAUGUUUGCACAGUUUGCAAAAAAGGUUUUGUUAGUUCCGGACGCUUGAGAUCCCACAUGGUUGUUCACACAGGGGAGAAGAAGUUUUCUUGCCCCGUUUGCCAGAAAGCCUUCUCUAGGAAGCAGUUUGUUAAGUCUCACAUGGCUGUUCACUCGGAUGAAAGGAAUUAUGAUUGUAGCUUUUGUCAAAGUUCUUAUAAGAAUGCUUAUAUGCUAAGGUUACACAUGAACAAACAUGCUGAUUUCUUUCAAUCGGAGGUAUAA